UUUUUUUUAUAUUUCUUUUUUCUUCUUCUUCUUCUUGUUGUUGUUGUUGUCGUUAUUACAACCAUCAUCUACUGAAAAAUAUACUGAACUAUACCUAUAGACGAUACCACUCAGUAUUCCUUUCUUGAUGACUCAACCAACAGAAAGUAAGAAAAGACGACGACGAUGGGGCGAUGACGAAACAGAUGCUCUUAUAAUAGGAUGUAUGAAGCAUGGUGUUGGAAAUUGGCAAGCUAUUAUCAAAGACCCUACACUUACUUUUGAUCGACGGUCUGCAGUAGACUUAAAAGACAGAUUUCGAACGAUAUGCCCUAAACGUGAAUACCAACACCUUUAUACCCAGCAGAAUAUCUCUACGUAUUAUCUUGCUUUUAACACUACUGAACAAAUACCUGUUCACCGAAAAAAACGACGUAUGCGACGACCAUUUAAUGAAGAAGAAGAUCAAGCCUUAUUGAAAGGUGUUGAAAAGUACGGUGUAUCAUGGGCAUGUAUUGCAAAAGAUCCUGAUUUAAAUCUUUCCCAUAGAAAAGGAGGGGAUAUUCGGGAUAGAUUCCGCAACAAAUACCCUGAUCGAUAUGAAGCACUUGGUCUUAGUUUGAAAUCAAGCAAAGUCAAAAAGGAUUCAAGUCAACAAGAAGAAGAAUAACAACAGUGGCAGUUGUCUAUGGUAGGACACGUGCAACCUAUCAUGAUUCCCUUUAGAUUAGAAUCUCCUUAAAUUUUUAGCAGUAAUAGUAUCAAUCAUUUAAAUAAAGGUGUAUCUUGACAAAAAAAAAA